AUGUACGGAAAAAAUAAGACUAUCAAUGCUCCAUCUGAUAUUCACGCAAAAGAAAAACUAAAUCUCUACGUUUAUGAGUAUUUAUAUCAUAUCGGUGCCGCAAAAGCUGCUCAGGGUUUUUGUGCGGAUAUGAAAUGGGAACCGAAUAAAAUGUCACUUGGUGAACCACCCGGAUUUUUGCUUAGUUGGUGGUGUGUAUUUUGGGAUUUAUAUAGUGCUGCACCUGAACGUCGUGAUCAACAUCCACAUUCUGAAGAAGCCAAAGCUUUUCAUGAUUAUGGAUUUAUAAAUUCAAAUGGCAUGCCUCCUCAACAAAAUCCGAAUCCGAGUGGUCCACCACCAAUGCCAAUGGGUGUUCCUGAAGGAAUGCAUAAUCCAAACGUACCAUUUUUUCCCCCAUCGGGACAACAUAUGAUGAAUCAGUAUCCCCGUUAUCCAAAUGCUCCACCACGUUCACUUAUUCGUAUGCCACAGCAAUCAGAUUAUCCCGGUGGACCCGGUAUGCCACCACAAAUGGAUAGCGGUCGAAAUGGUAUGCGAAUGACAUCUCCGGGUGCUAGAAUGCCAUCGAAUCCCAUGGGCCAUCCAGGUCCUGGUGGACAAUUACCAAAUACUUAUCGACCUCAAGUCAUGUCACCAUCGAUCAAUCAACCUGGACCAAGAAUGCACAUUACUAAUUCACCAGGAGUUGGCUAUUCAUCAUCGUCACCUAUCCCUUAUGGAACUCCCUGUCCGACAGGUCAUGCACCGACAACACCAACUAUGAUGCCGAGCCCACAAGAUCCAAAUAAUCCAGAAAUGCAACCAUAUACUAUGAGAAAUAUGCCUCCUGGAAUGGGCCAUGGACCAAAUCCUAUGUAUCACGAUCCACAUCUAUCUCAUAUUCCACCUGAUAUGACACAUCAUGGUGAUUAUGAUCAACAAAUGAAACAAUCACCUAAUCAACAACAGCAGCAGCAGCAGCAACAACAACAACAACAACAAUCUCAACCACCGCUACCACCUGAUGCCACAAAUUAUAAUUAUUCAGAAGAUCCAAGCAAUGAUACAAACGCUAUACUGAAACUAAAAGAAUCGAUGCAAGAAGAAGUUAAGAAAUUUGAUAAAACACCGAAUAGUUCACAUAAUGAUGAUUAUAAUCAUUUUGGUUCAAUUGGUUAA